UACUGACCACUGUGGCAGGUCUGAGCACAUAGCUGAAGCUGAAAAUAGGAAAGCUGGGGGCAAGGAAGAGCCUUGAAUCUUGAGGUGGGACGUUGACUCUAAGAUGUCCUUGAGCAGUGGAGCCUCCGGAGGGAAAGGAGUGGAUGCGAACCCGGUUGAGACAUACGACAGUGGGGAUGAAUGGGACAUUGGAGUAGGGAAUCUCAUCAUUGACCUGGACGCCGAUCUGGAGAAGGACCAGCAGAAACUGGAAAUGUCAGGCUCAAAGGAGGUGGGGAUCCCAGCUCCCAAUGCCGUUGCCACACUACCCGACAACAUCAAGUUUGUGACCCCAGUGCCAGGUCCUCAAGGGAAGGAAGGCAAAUCCAAAUCCAAAAGAAGUAAGAGUGGCAAGGACACUAGCAAGCCCACUCCGGGGACUUCCCUGUUCACGCCCAGUGAGGGAGCAACUAGCAAGAAAGAGGUGCAGAGACGCUCAGGAGACGGUGCCAAUGCAGGAAGCCUGGUUGCUGCUAUUGCUCCCAAGGGCUCUGAGAAGGUGGCUAAGGCGUCCCGCAGUGUAGCCGGCUCCAAAAAGGAGAAGGAGAACAGCUCAUCUAAGAGCAAGAAGGAGAGAAGCGAAGGAAUGGGAACUUGCGCAGAAAAGGAUCCUGGGGUCCUCCAGCCAGUGCCCUUGGGAGGACGGGGUGGGCAAUAUGAUGGAAGUACAGGGGUGGACACAGGAGCUGUGGAGCCUCUCGGGAGUAUAACUCUUGAGCCUGGGGCAGCGCUGAACCCUUUGGGAGCUAAGCCGGAGCCAGAGGAAGGGGAGAAUGAGUGUCGCCCGCUAAAGAAAGUCAAGUCUGAAAAGAUGGAAUCCCCUGUGGCCACACCAGCAGUGCUGCCUCUACACCUUUUGGUGCCAGUGGUCAAUAAUGACAUCUCCUCCCCCUGUGAGCAGAUCAUGGUCCGGACCCGAUCAGUUGGGGUCAACACAUGUGAUGUGGCUCUAGCUACAGAGCCAGAGUGCCUGGGUCCCUGUGAACCUGGGACCAGCGUCAACCUGGAGGGCAUUGUGUGGCAGGAAACAGAAGAUGGGAUGUUGGUGGUGAAUGUAACGUGGAGGAAUAAGAUCGUAGUAGGCACACUUCUAGACUGUACCAGGCAUGAUUGGGCACCCCCCAGGUUCUGUGACUCCCCCACCAGUGACUUAGAAAUGCGCAAUGGUCGGGGUAGAGGGCAAGCAAUGCGCCCCAACAGCAACACACCUGUCAAUGAGGCUGCCACAGCCUCUGACAGCAAAGGGAGCAGUAGCAGUAGCAAGACCCGGGCAGGAGCCAACAGCAAAGGUCGCCGGGGCAGCCAGAAUUCUUCCGAGCACCGCCCGCCUGCCAAUAGCACCUCUGAGGAUGUCAAAGCCAGCCCUUCCUCGGCAAAUAAGCGGAAAAACAAGCCCCUCUCUGACAUGGAGCUGAAUUCCAGCUCAGAGGACUCCAAGGGAAGCAAACGUGUCCGCACAAAUUCCAUGGGAUCAGCCACUGGCCCCCUCCCAGGGACCAAGGCGGAACCCACUAUUGUAGACAGAAACUGUCCCUCCCCUGUCCUCAUUGACUGUCCCCAUCCCAACUGCAACAAGAAGUACAAGCACAUCAAUGGACUCAAGUACCACCAAGCUCAUGCCCACACGGAUGAUGACAGCAAGCCCGAAGCAGACGGGGACAGUGAAUGUGGGGAGGAACCUGGCCUCCACGCUGAGCUUGGCAGCUGCAACGGUGCAACCGUGGCACAGAAAGGUUCCCUGUCACCUGCCCGCUCAGCCACCCCCAAAGUUCGACUUGUUGAGCCCCAUAGCCCUUCCCCCUCCAGCAAGUUCAGCACAAAAGGCCUCUGCAAGAAGAAGCUGAGCGGAGAGGUGGACCCUGACCUUGGGGCCUCCUCCAAUGAUGGCUCUGAUGAUGGACCCGCUGUCAUGGACGAGACGAGCAGCGAUGCUUUCGACUCCGCGGACAGAAAGUGUUUGGAGAAGGAGAAAUGUAAGAAGCCCACCAAUCUAAAAGCAGAAAAGCUGCCUGCUAAGAGCCUGAAGUCAGCACGGCCCAUUGCCCCAGCCAUUCCCCCACAGCAGAUUUAUACCUUCCAGACCGCUGCCUUCACAGCCGCCAGCCCUGGCUCCUCCUCAGGCCUGGCCACCACCGUGGUCCAAGCCAUGGCCAGCAGCCCCCAGCUAAAACCCAUUCAGCCCAAGCCCACCGUGAUGGGGGAGCCUUUCAGUGCUAGCCCUGCCCUGACACCCGCCAAGGACAAGAAGAAGAAAGACAAAAAGAAGAAGGAGGCCGCUCGGGAGCUAGAAAGCCCUCUGACUCCUGGGAAGGCCUGUCGCACUGAGGAAGGCAAAAGUCCUUUUAGGGAAGCAGCUGAUGGGAUGAAAGUGGAGGGGCUCCUCAAUGGCUCCUCGGACCCCCACCAGAGCCGCCUGGCAAGCAUCAAGGCCGAAGCAGACAAGAUCUACAGCUUCACAGACAAUGCCCCCAGCCCUUCGAUCGGAGGGCAACAGCCGCCUGGACAGCACCACCCGACCCAACCCCUAACUCCCUUACAUGUAGUGACCCAGAACGGAGCCGAGGGCAGCUCUGUCAAAACUAGCAGCCCUGCCUACUCUGACAUCUCUGAUGCCGGGGAGGAUGGUGAGGGCAAAGUAGACAGUGUCAAAUCCAAGGACCCUGAACAGCUGGUCAAGGAGGGCGCUAAGAAGGCACUCUUUCCCGCUCAGCCCCCAAGCAAAGACUCGCCCUAUUACCAAGGCUUUGAGAGUUACUACUCUCCAAGUUACGCACAGUCCAGCCCCAGCGCGCUCAACCCCAGCAGCGGGGAGAGCCAGGCCCUAAAGACAAAGAAGGACGAGGAGCCUGAGAGCAUGGAGGGGAAGGUGAAGAGCGACUCGUGCGAGGAGAAGAAGCCCGAGAUGAGCAGCUCCAGCCAGCAGCCCUCGGUCAUUCAGCAGCGACCCAACAUGUACAUGCAAUCCCUGUACUACAACCAGUACGCCUACGUGCCGCCCUAUGGCUACAGUGACCAGAGCUACCACAGCCACCUGCUCAGCACCAACACAGCCUACCGACAGCAGUAUGAAGAGCAGCAGAAGCGGCAGAGCCUGGAGCAGCAGCAGCGGGGGCUGGACAAGAAGACAGAGCUGAGCCUGAAAGAGCGAGACACUGUGCUCAAGGACGAGUGGAAGCAGAAGCCAGCAGCCCCACCCACGCUUACCAAGGCUCCCAGCCUCACUGACCUGGUCAAGGCAGGGCCCGGCAAAGCCAAGGAGCCAACCACUGACCCCGCCAAGUCCGUCAUCAUUCCCAAACUAGAUGAAGCAUCCAAGCUCCCCAGCCAGGCACCAGAGGGACUUAAAGUGAAGCUGAGUGAGGCCAGCCACCUUGGUAAAGAGGCCCCCGAGGCCAAGGCAGGCACUGAGUGUGGCCGACAGGCAGAGUUGGACCCAGUUCUCUGGUACCGGCAGGAAGCAGAACCCCGAAUGUGGACCUACGUGUAUCCUGCCAAGUACUCAGACAUCAAGUCAGAGGACGAGCGGUGGAAGGAGGAGCGGGACCGGAAACUGAAGGAAGAGCGGAGUCGGAGCAAGGACUCUGUCCCCAAAGAGGACGGGAAGGAAAGCACAAGUGGUGACUGCAGCAAACUACCCAUGCCGGAGGAGUCCCGCCUCGGGGGCAAGGAGCCGCGACCCAGUGUGCACGUGCCCGUGUCGUCCCCCCUCACUCAGCACCAGUCCUACAUCCCCUACAUGCACGGCUAUUCCUACAGCCAGUCCUACGACCCCAGCCACCCCAGCUACCGGGGCUUGCCUGCUGUAAUGAUGCAGAACUACCCAGGUUCCUACCUGCCUUCCAGCUACUCUUUCUCCCCAUAUGGCAGCAAGGUCUCUGGGGGAGAAGAGGCAGACAAGGCACGCGCCAGCCCCAGUGUCAGCUGCAAGCCCAGCUCGGAGUCCAAAGCUUUGGACAUUCUGCAGCAGCAUGCCAGCCACUAUAAGAGCAAGUCCCCCACGAUAAGCGAUAAGACAUCUCAGGAGAGAGACCGGGGAGGCUGUGGGGUGGUCGGGGGUGGUGGUAGCUGUAGCAGCGUCGGGGGUGCAGGCGGGGCUGACCGGAGUGUGGACCGGCCCCGCACCUCCCCUUCUCAGCGCCUCAUGUCCACACACCACCACCACCACCACCUGGGCUAUUCACUGCUCCCAGCGCAAUACAACCUGCCCUAUGCAGCAGGGCUUUCCUCGACAGCCAUUGUCGCCAGCCAGCAAGGCUCGACUCCAUCUCUCUACCCACCCCCCAGGAGGUGAGAAUGACCACCAAGUGCCCGGACACAGCUUCACGGUGCACCCAAGGGAGGUGCUGGAGAUGCCGCUUAGACCUCAGUUAACUGGUGUUGAUCUUCCUGUUUGCUGUUCCUGCCAUGCCAGAGGCAGACCCUCGGCUCUCCCACCUCCACCAGACUCCUGGACUCUGACCAGCCUCUUCCUCAGGAGCUGGAGGGCUGGUUCUUGGCAAAAAUAUUUAUUCUCUUGACCACAGUCAUGAGUGCAGUGGCUUCUGGAGCCACCAGGGCAGAAGGGCCUCAGCCCCACGAAGUCACUGCUCUGUUCCCCAAAUCCCUGUUGGUGCUGGGGGUGGGGAGGAGCGCAGCCCUGGGUCAGAUCUGAAGACAGCACAUCUGCCACCACCAGAUCCCUUGUCUCUCCAGCUGUGGGGGCCUGGAGGAAUCAGAAUCUCAGGAAAGAAAUUGGGGGGACUGUUUUCUCUGUCCUGGUGAAAAUAAGGUCUUCAGACUUGAAGGCUUCUCCCCUUUGACUUGAGCACAUCUGCAUGCUCAGCGCCACUCGGAAGGAAGGACACGAGGUGCCUCCCACAAUGCCUGGGCUGCCCAUCAGGCGGGGGCCCGAGGGCACAGGAGCACUGGAGUUGGAGUGUGCACGGAGCCUGUGGAAAAGCACCUGCGUCCCCCACCAUGUCCUGCUGCUUCUUAGCCCCUGACUCUGUACCCUCUCUCCCCUCCUGGUGCCUUUCCCAGGGGUCCCAUGCUGUUCUGUCUUUCCUACUGCUUGGCUCCCGAGCCUCGGGCAGGUGAAUCGUCUUUUCCCAGGUGGGAGGAGCUUGGAGCUGUCAGGCCAGGCCAUCUCCACACAGGCUCCCUCGGCCGUCUCAGCCCGGGUGCCCGUGUAAGUGGUUUCCCUGGGAUCCCCAUCUUCUAGAGGCCACGGCCUGAGGGUCUGAUCCAUUCAGUCUGGGAGCCACUGCACCCUCCCAACCCAAGUUACGUGGUGUGGGGUUCACCGGAUACUAUAGCUGUGUUGAUGCUCUUGUCCUUUGUCCUCCCAUCUUUGCUAGACCUUCUCUCUGGAUUGGUCCCACCCAACGUCAGAGAUGGACAUUGUUGGGACCUGGGAGCAUAGUAAUUGGGCCCCACACAGCAGCUCCCCAGAGUCCAGGUGUCCCAGUCUUCCCUCCAGUUUCUACAUCUUUGUUUUUGUCCAGUUUGGUUUCUGUACCCUCCCCAGGCCUCUGAGCAGUGACUUCCUAUCAGCAUGGAAGUAGUUAUGGUGUAGACAACUUGACCCACCAGACUGAAUUUCAGUCUGAUUGUGGCCUUCCAGCUUCUAGCGACUGCCCAGCUUUGUCCCAGUUUUUAAAUAUCGUUGUGUGUUUUGUGCCUGUGGCGCAGCUCUGUAUAUACUGUAAAGAUCCGGGCCCAGGCCAAGCCGUUUGCUUUCCCCUGGGCUGGCUCCACUUUAUUCUUCAACACAGAGAAGAGGAACCUCCAUGGGUUGGGGCAGCCUGGGUUGGCAUAGGGACCAACCCCUUUUUUUUCCCAGAAGAAAUGAUUCUGGGCGCUUAACUCACUCGAGCCAAGGUUAGUGAAGCAGCAGUCUGGCCUGUAGGCACUAAGUGAAAGGAUUGCUUUCCUCAGGAGCAGGACCCCGGACAUAGGUCUGCCCCGUGACCCGGUCUGAGGAGCCCCGGCCUCACUUCGUAAGCAACACUGGGAGCGUCCGGCACGGGAUUUCUGCUGGGGCCCUCAGAAGCCUAGGCCACUGCCCAUCCCCUCACAUCUUCUCUAUCCUCCUCUGACCAGGGCCGGGCGAGCACCCUGUGAAGUGAAAGGUGGUUCUUGAACCUCUGCUCUCAGGUGGGGCAAUGGGCAGGGCUCCCCAGAAGGGCUAGAGUCACUGUGCGUGGGCUUUGAGGUCACCAUGUCACAACUCCCCCGUGUCCCCUGCCGCCAUCCCGACUCAACCGGGCAGCUAGUUGGCCCCACAAUUCUGGGCCUCUGUUAUUUGCUUUCUCACUAGGGCAUCCCAGGGAGCUUCCCGGUGACCCUCUGCCGCAGGCCCCAUCCCCAAGCCCCCCUCCUGCCCCAGCCCACCCGUUUGCCUUGGUGCUCAGCCCCCUUUGGGAGCAGGUUGGGGCGAGCUGGAGGCCCGGGCCGGAGGGUCGGUGUUACUGUUCAUAGCUUUUGUUCCAUUGGCGUUGCUGUUGCAUUUAAUUUCAGUCUUCCUGAUUCUUCCCUUCUGUAAAGUGUACAUUACCAAGUUCCUUGUUUUUUUAUAUAUAUAUAUAAAUAUAUAUAUAUACAAACUGUACUCUUUUUGCCUUUGUACAUUCAGGCAAGAAGAGAAAAUAAAUCUUUUUAAGAGACAAUCACAAA